GAACAAACCUCUUUUAGUUCGCCAUUUUUAAUCCUCGUGUGGUGAAAGUUGUCACAGAAAUGUGUGGUUUAACGAAAAAAUAAAUGUUAUAUUAAUAUUAACCAAAGUGCAAUGAUGGAUAAGGACAAUAAUGACAGUGAUUGCCACAGUCCUUCUUCCUUAAAUAAGUCGGAUAACGAAAAGUCAUUUGUGGGAAAAUUCAAGUCACACGUGUCCGGCAUAAUAAACAACACACCCCUAUCAAAGUGGUUUCGCAAAAAUGAAGAUAAAGGCGUCAGAAGGAGAGAUGAAGAUCAAGAUGAUGAACUUUUCCAGAUGCAACCUCCUCUGAAACGUGCAAAACUGCCCAGUAGUGACAAUGAAAGUUGUGUAUUUAACAAUCAUUUCGGUGAGACCCUGCCAAGCACGCCGCUAGGAAACAGUACCGCCAUAACAAAGGACAGCUUGAACAGUUUCCUGCAACCGGUGGCUGGUCCGUCUGGAAUUAGGUCCAGAAAACAUUUGACGUCGUCCACGUUAACCUCGGGCGUCAGAAACGCUUUCAACUCCAGUGAGUUGCUGAACGGUCACAAGGACUCCGACAGUGAGGAAUCCACAAGUGGUUAUUCGUCUGUUGCGCGAAUCAGCAGCAAGGAGCAAGUUUUUGAGAGCCGGGAAAGCUCCAAACAAACUUCACCAUUGGAAAAUAGCCCUACCAACUCCAGAUCUUUAUUUAACAAAAAUAACACCAACAUGAGCAGGUCGUUGUUUGGCGAAAACAGCCUGAGCCCGCGACUGAACCGCUCGCUCAGCUCGACGCGGCCGUCGUUCAACGCGUCGACGUUCGGCUCGCCGAACUUCGUGGACAAAACGCUGUCCACCAAGCGCAUAAUAAACUCGCCGUUCUACCACGGGCGCACCACGUACGGCGGCGCGUCCGCCUACGGGCGCCGUUUGGGCCGCGCGGCCAAAGAUCCGCACCAGGUCGUAAAGACCUCCGUGCAAAUCAAGCCGGUGAACAAGGCUAAAGAGAACCACGUGUCUCUGGGCAAGACCGCGCAGAGGAUACUGAACACCCUGGAGCAGUACAGCUCGCCGGUGAACGACGCUAAGAAAAUCCCGAUGGCUUCUAAGAAACUGAGGGCUGACAGCGGCAUUUUGACUAAAUACACCGGCGUUAAUCCGUACUUGCUCGGCAGGGAGUCCAAAGUGGCUUCGAAUAGGGAGUUGCAAGUUCCCACUGUGUCCGAUUUGCUGAAAAUUAAGCAGAGCAGAGCUCGUUUGCAGGAAAGCACCGAAUCUGUAAGGCAGUUGGCUACCUCGUCGAAAUCCUCGCUGAACUUGGACAGUUACAAGCUGAGCACCAAGGAGAGUGAGAAACAAAGUCACACCGGAAAAAUUAAGAACAAGGUCUCUUCGGUCAGGCAGAGGGCGCAGCCGGACGAAACCGUGCAAGAUAUACCUCUAGUGUCUGUUCCUUUGCCAAUCACAACUCUACCCAAAAUCGACCUACAAAUACCCCCUCCUUCUACUGCUAGGAAACCACCACCUAAAUAUGUGGAGAAAAAACAAGAAAAACCUCAAGAUAAACUGUGUCAAGGGUCAACCUCGUCCUCUUACUUCUACAAACCCCCCGCACAGACUGAAAGCAAACCGAACUCGACGGAAUAUACCUUCUCGAAUCCGUUGAUUUUGAACUCGUCAAAUCUUAAGAGCCUCGUCGCCAUCAACGAUUACAAGUUUAGAGAGCCGGCAUCCAAAAAAACCAAAACGGAAUCACCUACUCCCUCGUUCAACUUUAACAUGCCCAAUAACAAGCCGACGAUGCCGGUACCGAAAUUGAAGAACAACGGAGACAGCACCGUCAAAACCGCGACCGAACUGAAAACCACCGGAAGCGUGAUGGACAUUCUGGGCAAAAACAAUUCCAGUUCGAUUGCCGAAAAAUUCAAACCCGCCGAAGGCACGUGGGAAUGUUCCGCGUGUCUGAUAAGGAACCAGCCUGCGAAGACGAAAUGCGCCGCAUGCGAGACACCGAAGGCUAAAUCCGAACCGAUGAGCUGCUUCAAACCCAAACCAUCCCCGAUGGAAGUGCCCAAGCCGGCUUCAUCAACGUGGGAAUGCGACACCUGUCUGAUCAGGAACAAGAGCGAGCUGACGAAAUGCGCGGCCUGCGAGACGCCCAGACCCGGGUCCGGCGGCGCGAAAACCGCCUCGUUCGAUUCCGGUUUCGGCGGCCGGUUCAGUCAAAAAUCGGCGGGGACUUGGGAAUGCGACACGUGCAUGGUGCGCAACAAGAACGAAGUCGACAAGUGCGUGGCGUGCGAAGGGGCCAAACCGGGCUCGAAAUCCGCUUUCGGCGACAAGUUUAAACUGAAGAGCGACGAAUGGGAGUGCGGGGUGUGCAUGGUGAAAAACCAGUCGUCGAACACCAAGUGCCAGUGUUGCGAAACCCCCAACCCCAAAAAGGCCUCGUCCAGCCUGCAAAGCAUGGCCGAAAAGAAACCGAUCAGUUCUUUCAACUUCGGCAUCGACAAAAGCACCACCCAGAGCUUCAAUUUCGGCAUACCGACGUCGGUUAAAGUGGAAACGCCCGCGUUAACCGUACCGGCCGCGUCGGUUUUCGGAGACGCCGCCAAAACCCCAUCGGCCGCGCCCCCCACCGGUGGUUUUUCCUUCGGAUUGCCCGCUCAAGACAAACCCAAAACCGCAACCGUCGUCGCGAAACCCAAGGAGUCCUUGCCCGCGCCCAUUUCCGCUCCGAAACCGAGCGAAGCCGAAAAACCCCAAAUAGCAACGUUCAACUUCGGUUCGGCGGCAAGCGCGGAAGCGAAAAAACCCGAGGCGACGACCGCAAAACCGCCAAUCGCGACGUUCGAGUUCAAAGCGACGCCCGCUGCGAACGGGGAUUUGAACAAAACCCCCGCCACGAAUCUGCUUUUCGGCGGCAAGACCGACUCGGCCGCCAAACCGACUUUCGGUUUGGCGGCCUCGGGUCCGGCGCCGACGUUCAGCUUCGGCAAGCCGGCGGAAAGCGUCGCGCAGAAGUCCACCGAAAGCGAAGCCAAGAAGCCGAUGUUCCAAUUCGGAGCUUCCAGUGCGCCGGCAGCUGCAGCUGCUGCAGCUCCAGCACCAAGUUCGACAUUGUUCGGAGCUUCUCCGGCCAAGGUGGCCAACGGAUUUGGAUCCUCAACGCCAGCAUUUAACAGUAAUCCAACGAGCUUUGGGGCCCCACCGGCCGCCCCAUCAUCGGAAACGAAACCGUUCUCGUUCGGCGGCGCCCCAUCGUCGGCCGCCGCCCCCAACACGGAGGCGCCCAAGUCGUCGGCCAUGUUUUCCUUCGGCCAACCGGCCGCCGCCGCCGCCAAACCUGCCGGCGGCGGCUUCGGUUUCGGCGCCCCCGCCGCUCCGACGGCGGGCGCCUUCAACUUCGCCGCCCCCAAGCCGGAGACGGCGGCGCCGCCCGCCUCCAACAUUUUCGGGGCGGCGGUGGCGACGGCGUCGGCGGCGCUCAAGAACGGCGCCUCGUUCAAUUUCGGCGCCAGCGCCCCGAACAACAACAACGCCCAGGCGGCGGGAUUCAGUUUUGGCGCCGCGUCGACCAACACGGCGCCCGCCCCCUCGGCUGCAGGGUUCAACUUUGGAGCGGCUGCAUCGGCCGCUCCUUCUGCCGGAGGCUUCAAUUUUUCCGCUCAGGCUCCUCCAGCGUUCGACGCGAACGCCAAACCAACCUUUAACUUCACCGAAGGACAACAAGUGGUCGGAUUCUCGGCGCCCCCUAGCGACGGCAGUAUGGCCCAGAGGAAGAUUAAGAAGGCGGUGAGGCGCUCACACCGAUAGUUCAACGGGAUCUGUACAUAGGGAAUGAAUGAGUCGGAUAACGUAGAGCGAUAGACAGAGAGAGAGAGAGAAAGAUGAGGGAGACUACGCAUUGUAGUGUCUGAGUGAGCGUCCCGGGCAACCAAUUAAUUAAUUCAUUUAAUUUACUCUCGAUUAAUACUAUUAUUGCUUAAGGAAAAACAUUUUUUUUGUUUGUCUAAGGAAAGUGUACUGUACCGAUAUUAAAGUGACAUAAACAAAUGGGAUUUUUUUCAGACCUAUAGAUGUUAGCUAGACGUAAAUAUAAUUGGGGUGUUUUGGCGCGGGCCUUCUGUGAAUAUUCGCAGUGGCGCGCCGGAUUCCAAGUUUUCGGAUUUCGUGUGUAUAAAUAAAGGUAAAAAGACGACGUUGUUGAAUGUUAAUUAAUUGAUUUAGAAUUUAUAUAUAUUGUAUAUAACAAAUAUACACCAUAUCGGAAUGCGGACGACGAGCGGGGAAAUGUUCACAGACGUGCCUCGACGCAAAUGCAAACUUUUUUACAGACCAAACCCAGCGUUGCCAACUUCAAGCCUUUGGCUAUGAGAAUUUGUCCCUAGUUUUCCCUCUAGAGGAAAAAACUAACAGAUUUUUUUGAAAGAGGGAAAUUUUGACGAAAACAUUCAAAACACUCGCGGUUGUCUUAGAACUUCAUCAUAGUUCUCGAAACUUCACCAUAGAUAUUGUAACUUCAUCAAUGUUCGUAAAAAUAACAUUUAAACGUUAAACAUUUAUGACAAAUAAAAAAAACAAUCCCUGGCCAAUUUUUAAAAAUUUUGGGAACUUCAUACAAACAAAAGCUAUUUUAUGAAUGGAAUCGCGUUAAAAACAUUUUUUUACGGUGAAAUAGAAAUUAAAUGAAGCAAAAACAAAAAUAUACCCCAAGUGGGGUUGCCAAUAGGAUAAACUUUUUUAUUAUGCGUUAUACGAAAAAAUGUUAUUUCUCAUAAAAACUCCUGCCUAUUUAAUAAAUGACAUUUCCGUAACAAACAAUCUGGAUCAAAUCUACAGGGUGCUCAGAAAUUAAGAAAACAUGAAAAUUAUUCAUUUUUUUUUUUGAAAAAUUGUAUAGGAAAAAGUUGAUGACAAUCCAAAUUAAAAUCUAAAUAAAAUAAAAAAAAAUAUUUUUAUGAAAAUCAUUAUAAUAAAAUUUUAAAUUAAAGUUUUCAUUUAUGAAAACACCGGCUCAUUUAAAAAAUGACCCUUCUCAGAAAUUAGAAAAUCAUGAAAAUUCUUCAAGAUAAAAACACCUUUAUUUAUUAUUUUUUUUGAAAAAUUUUGCAGGAGAAAGUCCAUACUGCGCAUCAAAAUUAACACAUAACAAGUAAAAAACGCCUUUACCAAUUCUUUAUAAAAUUUUGGAUUUGGAAAAUAUUUAAUAAUAAAAAUCGCUGGAAAAAAACUUAUAGGGAAAUUUGUUUUGAAGUAAAUAAAAAAUAUGCGGUGAAAAACCGUAUUUUUGUUAGUGUACCCUAAAAAUGUGCAAAUCAAACGAACAGUAACGAAAACACAGCGCUUCAAAGUCGUGAAAAAUGACCACUUUUCAGCAAAAUAAUCAAAAAGGGGUCAUUUUUACCGACUUUGAAACGCUGUAUCUUCGUUACUGUUCGUUUGAUUUGCACAUAAUUUUCAGGGUAUACUAACAAAAAUACGGUAUUUAAAAGCAUAUUUUUAUUUACUUAAAAAAAAUCCCUAAAAGACAUUUUUUAACGGUUUUUUAUUAUUUAAUAAAAAGGGCUUUAAAAAUAUUUUCUCGAAAAACCCUCAAACAUGUAAAGUAAGUUGAAGUAUUUUUAUAAAAAUGCGCUUUAUAGUUAAUUUUUUUUAUUUCGUAUUUAGACUUUAAUUUGAUUUAAAUUUAAUUUGAAUUGUCAUCGAUUUUUUCUUAAAAAAUUGUUCAUAAAACGUUUACAAAAAUAAAAUAAAAUUUUUAUGUAAAUAUAAAUUUCAUAUUUUUUUUAUGUCUAAGCACCCUGUACAUUUUUUAAAUAAACAGGAGUUUUUAUGAAGAAUGAUUUUUUUACGUAAAACGCAUAAUAAAAAAGUUUUUUCUAUUGCAACCCCUUUCUGGGAUAUUUUAAUUUCUCAGAAAAUUUCAUUCUUAUUGGAAGUUUUUGCUUGAUUUGGAACCUUUAAAAUAUGCGACACAUCAUUUUUAUUUUCUAUGGUUAAUUUGCAAUUAAGAUUUUUCUGAAAAUUUUUGGUCAGUUUUCGUUCAUUUGUCAUUUUAUUUAUUUGUCAUUAAAAUGUACUUUUAUUAAUAAAUUGUAAAGAAAAAGAUGUCAAUAGAAACCAAUACUUUUGAGAAAUGACAAAUUAACGAAAUUUUACCAAAAAUGAUAUUUAUCAAAAAAAAAUCUGUCCACAAUUUUCAGAAAUAAUAAUUUUAGACAUAAAUAUGUGACGCAUAUUCUAGGGUUUUGAAAUCAAGCAAAAACUUUUGAGUAUGUACUAAAAAUUUGUUUUAUCGUCCUAAAAGGCGUUUUUAACACGUUUUUAUUCAUAAAAUAACUUUUGUAUCACAAAAAUGCAUUUUUUCCAAAUUCCUUAAAAAAAAUUGGCUGGACAAGUUACAGUAAAUAUUGGAAGCGUACGUUUGUUUCCCAGACUAGGUAAAUUUUCCCAUGGAUUGGCAACGCUGACGAAAUCUAACCCAUAUCGAGAACAAACUUGCGGUUAGGUCAGAGAGUAAGAAAAAAGAGAGCAACAUAUGCGCUCAUUUGCACAGCAGCGAUUGAAGCGCCGCCAAACUACUGACGACCUACCCUUGAGAAGUUUUCUUAUAUAGGAUUCAGUCGUGGGGUGGCGCUUUAAACUUUUUUCUUGCUUUAUCUUUGAAGUUGGAGCUCUAACAGUGGUCUUGCAUGAACUAACACACAACCUGGCGUCGUUUCCUUCCAGAGAAGCCUUGUAAUUUUGGGUAUUGUCUCGAUGUGGGUUUUUCGGUCUCGCCUAGAGUUAAUCGCAUCCCAUCAUCUUACUAUUAUCCACCUACAUUGUAUAUCAUAGUGUAGGCAUGUUACGCAGGUCUGAUCCAUAGAAUGUAGAAAAGUGUUUGUUGAGUGGUGAGGAAUUUUCAUAGAGCACUGCUGCAUACGCAAAAUGGUGGUUGAAUUUUAUUGAAAAUGUUAUAUGAAAUUUUCAAGCCAAUGAUUAUGAAAAUAAUUAAUUAAAUAACAUAUAAUAUUUAUAUGGGACUGCCUUUAUUGGCCAAUUUUACUGUGAUAUUCUUAUGGGUCAGGCCCCAUACAUUAUUAAUUAUAACACUAUAUUGAAUGGUUAAUUAUUACAACAAAAAAAUAACACAGACAAAACUGUCAAUAUCAUACCUUUGGUAUGCAAUCAAUUGCCCUUAACCCCUUAGUGAUUUGAUACAUUUUUUACAACAAUAAUUUUCAUUUGAAUGUCUUUGAAUAUUGUUUAUUAGGAUGUAAGAGAAAUCUGACUACAUUAAUUAUAUUUUUAAGGCAGAGAUUGUACCAGCUUAACUAAAAAACAAUGUUUUGUCUGUGGCCACCGAAAAUCGCAAAGUAGGCUCACUCCUUGGUUCCUCGAAAAAAAUAAUCAUGGUAGUCUUAUUCUCUGUUUUAAUGACGUCGAACUUAAUUUCUUUUUAUGCUUUCGUUGCACUUGUUACUUUUUUUAACUUCGCGAUUUGUUAUUGGCUUGAAAAAGAGAAUAGGACUAUGUGUGAAUGCAUGUAAAUAUUGAAUAUUGUGAUUCAUUGAAAAACAAUAUCACAUUUUUUUGUAAUAUUUUUUAUAUGUGGUAUUGUCUGAAUUUUUAUUUAAGAGUAAGCUAAACUGAUUAUUUUUUAUAUUAACUGAAAAGGAGUUAGACUGCUUCCUUGUAUAUAGUACCAUCAUAAUGGAAUAUUUGCUGAAAAUUUCGUUUAUAUUAUAUUUUAUUAGUAAUUUUUCUACAAGUCAUAUUGUUUUAAACCAGGCAAUGGAAUUUUCAGCAUUUUUGUGCCUUUUAUUUUUUUUAUUUAUAUUGUUUUAUCACUUACAAACAGUUGCAAACUUGGCCUAGUCUGUAUAUGUUAAAAACAACAGUAAUUCGUCUAAGGCAAAAUUUCAUUUUAACAUCAAAUAAAGGCUUUUAUCCUGUUGUUUAGUUUAUUAAUUUCAUUAAUCAGAAAAUAUCGAGUUUUAGUUAUGAAAAAGCCAAGUUUUGUUAAGAAUUGUUUUGGUUAAUAAAAGUAAUUAGUUAAGA